AUGAUUGCUCCCAUUGCCGCUCUUGGCCUCGCCGGCCUCGCCGCCGCGGCGCCCACCACCGGUCCUCUGUACCCCGCAACGUCCAGCUCCAACGGCUUCAACCUGGUGCUCAAUGUGACGGACCCCAGCAAGGACCUCAGCCCGCCCGUGCACGGCACCUUUGUCACGUCGAUCCACGUCGGUCCGGCCUACAACUACGUCGGCCAGUCGGCCACGGCUGCCGCCGCGCGCCUGUUCUACGUCAACGGCACCGCCACCGAGGUGCGCUACGGCAGCUCCGACACAGUCUCCGACGGCGGCACACCUCCCUUUCCCGAGGUGCUGUCCCUCGUCCAGGACAAGGCUUCCGAGACGCUGUCGACGCUCUGGCUCAACGCAGGCAACGGCGGUGAUGCAAACUACCGCACCGGCCUCGCAGGCUUCCCCAACCCGAUCCCGGCGCUGUACCCAUCCACGUACGUCGCCUGCCGCGAGGCCCUGGCGUACUAUGGCGGCAAGGAAUUUGUCAUCAUCAAGCAGGCCCAGACGACCGUCGGCGAGGACGGCACCAUUGACUACAACAUUCCCGAGGGCUGUGCGCCGCUGAGCCUGCUGCCGCAGUGCGCCAAGCUCAAUGACCUUCCUGCCGGCUCGCUGUCCAGCCACGAGUACGCUGCGAACACGCGCUGCUACGAGAACGUCAACUCGAUUGACUGGCCCAAGUACCACGCCUACUAA